ACAUGGAUGCAGAGCAGGCGCAGCCUAUUAGAACCCAUUCUUCUCUCUCUAUCUUUCUCACUCUCCCACUCUCACAAUUUCAACGCCACCCCAAAAUUCACCUCUUCCUACCACCACCUUCCUCAUUUGUACUUUUCUGCUUCUCGUUCUCUUUGUACUCCCCUGUCUUCUGCCCUCAAUCCGCUGCUUCCUUUUCUUUUUUCCAGAUUUCCCACUUUGCUAAUUUUCUACAACCGUUAAAUUUACGCUCUUUUUCACAUUUGAAGGCCUUCUGCGCUUCUGGGCAACUCAAUAAGCAUAUCACUCGAAUCAUUCUAGAAGUGGAGCUUGAUAUGGUCAAUUGUAUUGAGGGAUUCAGACCUUGUUAACUUUGCAAAUGCUAAAUUUUUCUAGGACCAGGAGUCAGCCAAGGUCAACCAGAUCUAUGUCUUUGGGAGGCAUGGAUUAUGUGGAUCCAAAAAGGAAGAGCAAUUAUGUUGGGAAGAUUUUUCUUGCUGCAGCAUUAACGGCAUUAUGCAUAAUCAUGAUCAAAAGAUCUCCAUCUUUGAAUCCCCCUAGUCCGUUUUCCAUCCAUGAACCAGGUGUCACUCAUGUUUUAGUGACAGGAGGUGCAGGCUAUAUUGGCUCGCAUGCUACCCUACGACUUCUGAGAGAUUUCUAUCGUGUCACCAUAGUGGAUAAUCUAUCACGUGGCAAUUUGGGUGCCGUGAGGGUUCUUCAAGAAUUAUUUCCGGAACCUGGAAGACUUCAAUUUAUAUACGCAGACUUGGGAGAUAAAGAAUCUGUGAAUAAAAUAUUUUCAGAGAAUAAAUUCGAUGCUGUGAUGCAUUUUGCUGCUGUUGCGUAUGUGGGAGAGAGCACACUUGACCCUCUUAAGUAUUAUCACAACAUUACAUCAAAUACCUUGUUGGUAUUGGAGUCUAUGGCUAAAUACAGAGUGAAGAAAUUAAUAUAUUCUAGUACAUGUGCAACAUAUGGGGAACCUGAAAAGAUGCCCAUUACAGAAGAAACAGAACAGAAACCAAUUAAUCCAUAUGGAAAAGCCAAGAAGAUGUCAGAAGAUAUCAUCCUUGAUUUUUCUAAAACUUCUAAAAUGGCAGUAAUGAUUCUGAGAUACUUCAAUGUGAUUGGAUCAGAUCCGGAGGGCAGAUUAGGUGAGGCUCCAAGACCUGAACUUCGAGAACACGGUCGAAUUUCUGGUGCCUGCUUUGAUGCAGCUCGUGGUAUUACAACUGGCUUAAAGGUUAGAGGAACUGACUACAAGACACCGGAUGGAACAUGCAUACGAGACUACAUUGAUGUGACCGAUUUGGUGGAUGCUCAUGUGAAGGCUCUUGAAAAGGUACAACCUGGGAAAGUAGGGAUCUACAAUGUUGGCACUGGAAAAGGUAGAUCAGUGAAGGAGUUUGUGGAUGCAUGCAAAAAGGCGACAGGGGUGAACAUCAAAGUGGACUUUCUUCCUCGUAGACCUGGUGAUUAUGCAGAAGUGUAUAGUGACCCUUCUAAGAUAAACUUGGAACUGAAUUGGACUGCACAAUACACUGACCUUGAGAAGAGCUUACAGACUGCAUGGAAAUGGCAAAAAUCUCAUCGUAAUGGCUAUGGCAUUUCAUCUGCAAUCUGAGGUUCUUCUCAUCAUGAGCCUCACCAUUACAUUUUUUGUCCUUAGGGAGUUUGCUAGUUCAUUCGUUAUACUUACAUGUGUAUUCGACGUACAAUCAGUCAAUAAUGAUAAUGUUUUCAGUUGCAGCAUUCACCUAA